AUGGCGGCGACGGCCGACGGAUGGCGAGGGAAACGCUGCUCCGACUCCAACUAUUUCGACGGUACGAUGACACACUGCGGAGAGCCAGAAUACACGCCUCCAUUCAUCGACCGCGAGUCUGUGUUUGUAUCGUCGAUUGCGAAUUGUCCGAGUAAAUAAGAAGUAGGGAAUUUAACGAUGGGACACCAGCAAUGGCUAGGGAUAAUGCUUACGAGGAACCUUUGACUAUAGUCAAAGCUGGUCAAAGCGAGGAACAGAGUGGAAUGUAUGUGUAGUCAUUGAACUACAGUUCGGUGUUAGUUUGUUUGUUAGUUAUUUAAAGUGCAUUAUUAGUUGUUUUUUACAUAGUUUACAUUUAUUUAUUACAUAUUUCUUUGGAGACGGAGCCGUCCGACGAGCUAGCGUCGCUGUGGGCGAGAGGUGUUGGUGCGCGUGGCUGAGCAAAUAUACACGUUUCCGUUAUAAAUACUACGACUUUAUCGUUAAUGAUCUUUAAUUUUUUCUCAAAAGAAAACCAAUCCAUCAGAAUGUCGUUCUUUGGUUGGAAAGGCGCACGGUCCGAAAACGCUGAGCACACAGGACGCAAUUUGCAGGAUGGCCUAUUUCAAAUUGCCUCCCAAGCUUGCCACAUAUUAGUGCAAGUAAACAACACGCACAACGUUUCCUACGGCGGCAGCAACAACGUGAGAAACAUCGCGUACUCCAAAUGCUCCAGCAAAGAUGGUGACUCGAUAAAUGUCGCGAGUUGUUCCGUAAACAGAGGAACAGCUUCGACGGUUAAGUCCUACACGAAGUACGCGAAGGAAAGGGGCAAAGACCAGGAUGUGGUCGUCCUGUUGCCGCAUAGAAAGAACAGGACCGCCCUUGUCAAGCACAAAUUGUCCACUGUCUCCGAAAAUGCACGCCUAGAAGUGAACCCUUCGAAUUGUAGCGGUGGUGGUGGAGGCGUCGGGGGCAAUACCGGAGUUCCCGAUGACGACUUCGAGUUGUGGGACCAAUCCGGUUUCAUGCUCAGAAGCGACGCGGAUGACUCAAUAACGCAUGGCAAAUGGGGAGGGGCUCAAGGAUGGUGCAGGCCCAGUUGCAUUCCCAUCACGGUCAUCCUAAUUUUGAUAGUCUUGGUAGUUUUGCUGCCAUUGUUGGAUCACGCAGCGGACAAGUACGCGUCGAACAGCAGUAACGUUGGCUUCGACGCGAGCUGCAUGAGCGGUUGCAAUUUAUCUCUGGUAGAAAGUAUGCCGAUCGGUAUGAACUUCACCGAUAAUAACGUAGCCUUUGAGAGCACCUAUGACUCUUGGGUGGGAUUAAUUGCGUUAGCGAGAGAAAAAAUAGAGAUAGCAUCGUUGUAUUGGAGCUUGAGAAGAGAGGACGUGUUCCCGGACGAUAGCGCCCAUCAGGGCGAGGAGAUCUUUCGGUUGCUUCUGGAGGCAGGUAGAGACCGGAACAUACUGCUAAAUAUAGCACAAAACAUGCCAACGCAAGCUAGUCCGAAUGUCGACACGGAAAUCUUGGCAAGGAAGGCCAAUGCUAAGGUGAGAAGCUUGAACUUUGCCGGAUUGCUCGGAGGCGGUGUCCUUCAUACGAAGUUAUGGCUCAUCGAUAGAACCCACGUUUACGUUGGUUCAGCGAAUAUGGAUUGGCGAUCGCUCACGCAAGUGAAGGAGCUUGGCCUAAUCGCUCUGAACUGCAGUUGCCUGGCGAACGACUAUGCCAAAAUUUUCGACGUACUGUGGGCAGUUGGCGAAGCCAAUAAAGUACCGCCUAUAUGGCCGGAUUCGGUCACCACGAAGAUCAACGUGAACAAUCCGAUGACGUUCACGUUAAUGGAAAAUAGAUAUCGCGCGUACAUCGCGAGCUCACCUCCGCCUUUCUCACCGAAGGGAAGAACCAACGACGUCGACGCUAUUCUUAACUGCAUCGAGAAAGCAGAGAAAUUUAUUUAUAUCGCGGUUAUGGACUAUUUUCCUCUGACUAUAUACACCGCGAAAAUCAAGUAUUGGCCAAUAAUAGACGACGCUUUGAGGACCGCAGCAAUCGAACGGAAGAUUCAAAUACGGCUGUUGAUCUCAUCCUGGAAGCACUCGAGGAAGUCGGAGGUCGCCUUUCUGAGAUCGUUGGUCGAGCUGACCGGCAGCUAUGCGGGCAUUAAAAUCGAAGUGAGAAGAUUCGUGGUUCCCACCAAUACAACCUUGGACAAAAUACCAUUCGCAAGAGUAAACCACAACAAGUACAUGGUGACGGACGUGGCCGCCUACAUAGGGACCAGCAACUGGUCUGGAGAUUAUUUUACGAACACUGCAGGUAUAGGUACGGUGUUCGAGAGCGUCGGCGACGAAACGUCGGACAACCUCAGACGACAAUUGGAGGAUAUUUUCCACCGCGACUGGUACUCCGAAUACUCCUACGCUCUAAAUGGAAGUUUACCGAUCGCGGAAAGUCCGAUGAACGUGAUCGACGGCUAUCACUCGCGAUCCUCGCGCUACGUGUUCGCGUGACAACGUCGGUUUCGUCGACGGGCGUUUGACCAUCGAGGAAAAUGAAAAUCGGUCGUCGAUUAGCAUCGGAGGUGUUUCUUAAAUGUCACGUCUCUUGUAAUAAUUUCUCUUCAACUUCAACGAAACACUCGGCGACGGGUUGUUUCCGAACACUCGGCAAAUAUCGUCUUCGAGCUUCGUACGUUUUGUUUGUUCCGCCUGCGUCACACCACACACACACAUACACAUUAAUAUGCCUACAACCACAUAGACACGCAUACACCGAUACAAAACGUGCGUCUUCCUUCAAUUUUUUCUUUACCGUCUUCGUUCUGUUUACGACUACUCGAAAACGUGCCGUCUCCGUCCAACUCGUGAAUAUCUCCCAGCCAGGCACGAGAAACGUGCACACGUCGAACCUUAAACCUACGCGAGUAAUCUUACAUAAUGGACGUCCGUGUGCCUUGCCACAAGUGCCCUUGCAAAUGUUUUCCAAGAGAAAUCUCGCCUCGAGAGAUCAUCCGUCCGUAAGUAACGCGGUAAACCGACCACUCCGUAGAACGGUGCUAAAUAUCAGUAGUAAUUAGCACGCUUGCCAGCAUCUUCCCCUGACAAACGGAACGAUCCAAUUUGGUUUGGCCGUGAACUGAAACCGAUGUAUCCCAGUCGGCGCAUCGUGAAAUUUGGCCAAGAUGGUUGCGUUUGGGAAUUAACAGAGACGAAUGUACGUCACGCUACUUUUCGAUAUUUUACUGAACCUCUUCAACUAUUCCGUGUGAAAUUUCAUCCUCCGUGAGAUUCUUUUAGGACUUUUUCUAGAAUUUUUACGAAUAACGAUUGUAUACGAGUGAAAUCGAGAAGCUGCAAGAGGUACGCGUGGACUGUUUUUGUUAGGAACUGAGUCGGACGUUGAGAUGCGAAUGAAAGACUCAAAUACAAAGUUUAGGCGCAAUAGCAUUAAUAAGUAUUAAGAUAUGCACUGUCUGCGCGCGAGAAGAAUGCCACCCGCAACGAUGUAGAUUCCUCCAUUGUUUUAAUCACUGCUGGGCAGGGGCCUGUUGACUCUGGUGAAGCUAUGUUCUUAGAUUAUGCACCGACUAUAAAAUCUGCGGUCGUCCGUGACAUUCUUCUCGGGUGCAGACAGUAUGUCUGUUAAUACUGCGCCUGAAUGACAGGCCUUGAGUGGCCUGACUCAAUUUUGAAUAAAAUCAGGAGACGAAAGGUGUGAUAUCUCUGUAGCAUAAAUGGACAGUCAAUAGCGUAAAUUGAACAGAAAAUGGGGGUAUUUUAUACAUACAUGUAUAUAUGUAUAAUAUCCCUAUUACCCCUAUAUAUAUCUGCGAUAAGUUUUAUCAAUAUUACGAGCAAAAAUGACAGUAAUACAUCUUAGUGACGUCGUAAAUAAAUUACGAAACAAGUUAUAAUUAAACUGUAGUUAUGUGACUGUAAAAAGUUUGACGGUUAUUAUGACGAAUUACCGUAUUUUUUAAGUUGAGUACAAAGUUAGCAUACACGAAACGUGUGGUAAGACGUUGUUGCAUGCGAAAUGGUCGUCUCCUUCCAUCGCAUGCCAAAGACGCGGAACUGUUGGAAAAUCUUAAUAUGCAAUCUCUUCGGUUAGAUUUCGUCGUUUCUCAAUGAUCUCGAGCGAUUACGUUGCUCCACUUUCGAGGAAUAAUAACUUUUCCCAUUUCAUUGUACACACCCUCUCGUUGGUCUUCCUUAUGGUUAGAUCUUUACUGAUACUGUUAUCAUUUUUUGUUAAGCCAACAAAUAUAAAAGCAGUUAAAGUACCGUCAAGUUAAGACUUCAUGAAAUAUGUAGAUUCAUUGUAAUGGAGACCAGGUCGAAGAACUUAGAAGAUUGGCAUUUUAACAUAUAAUAACGAAAUGACGAUUAAA